AUGACCCAGCAAACUCGCCCAAACCUGCAGUCCAAAGGCGGUCGAGAUGUCCUCGACAUCAUUGACUCUCUCCGGUCUCAAGGAAUCAGCCAGUACAUUGACCUCCCGCAAAUUAUUGUGUGUGGCGAUCAAUCAUCUGGCAAAAGCUCUGUUCUUGAAGCUAUAUCAGGGCUAGCCUUCCCGACGAAGGAUGCGUUGUGCACAAGAUUUGCAACUGAGCUGGUCCUCCGUCGAUCGUCAGAACGGGAUCAGACAGAGCUAAAGGUGUCUAUCAUCCCGGGCAAGGACCGUUCUGCUGACGAACGCCAAAGAAUCGAGGCAUUCGGCGCUAAUAUCCAAGAGCUGAACCUUGAUGCAAUCGUCGAUGAAGCCAUGGACGUUAUGGGACUGACUGGCACAGACAGGGUGUUUUGCACUGAUAUUCUCCGUGUGGAAGUCGCCUCUCCUGACCAGCCGCACCUAACUUUGGUAGAUCUCCCUGGCCUGUUUGUAGCAGGCAAUAAAGAUCAAUCUCUCGAGGAUUCCAAGCUUGUGGAAUCUCUGGUUUUGUCCUACAUGGAGCAGCCGAGGAGCAUUAUACUUGCUGUCGUUUCUGCCAAAAGCGAGUUUGCGCUCCAGCAGGUCACUCAACGGGCAAGGGAGGUGGAUUCCAACGGAGACCGUACGCUCGGGCUCAUCACCAAACCUGACACCCUGGAUGUGGGAUCAGAGAGCGAAAAGGCGUACCUAGAGCUCGCACAGAACAAGGAUGUCAACUUCCGUCUCGGUUGGCACGUUGUGAGGAAUCGCGAUUUCAGCAUGCGGAACGCCACGAAUGCAGAGCGUGAUGUUGCGGAGAAGGCUUUUUUCUCACAGGGAGUCUGGGCUUCUCUCAGCCCUAAGCAAGUUGGUGUAGAUGCGUUGCGGACUCGACUGAGUCGAGUGCUGCAGGAUCACAUCAUGUCCCACCUACCUCGCGUGCUUGACGACAUCCAACUUGGAGUGGCAGAUUGUGACGCAGCACUUGAAAAGCUAGGUCAGGCUAGAGAGACUCUUGCUGAACAGCGCCGUUAUCUCUUCUCCCUCAGCCAGGCAUUUGUCGCGUUAGUCAAAUGUGCUGUCGAUGGCGAUUACUCCGAUCGCCGUUUCUUCGGGGAAUCCAAUACGCCAGGCGGUAAUGAAAGAAGGCUCCGUGCCCAGAUCCAAAAUACUUUGAGCGACUUUUCCAAGUCCAUGCGGCUUCGAGGGCAUUCGAAAGCUAUUGUAGAAGACGAAGUAGAAUCAACAAAAUCACCUUCGCCAGAACCGGCUGCGCUCGCACCGCGAAAAGUCCCUCGCUUCGAAUUUGUCAACGAAGUCAACACUCUGCUAAGAACUAACAGAGGCCGUGAGCUCCCUGGAACUUUCAAUCCAUUGGUGGUUGGAGAAAUGUUCAGCGCUCAAUGUGAACCUUGGGCAAGGCUCGCCAGAAAACACGUGGAAAGGGUGUCUGGCUACGCGAAGGCGACGCUCAUCGCAACUCUACAGCAUGUUGCAGAUAGUGAGACUGCUAGACGACUUAUCGCCAGUCUAUUGAAUCCUGCCUUUGCUGUUCUCGAAGUUACCGUGGAGAAUAAGCUACUGGAACUUCUACAGCCGCACACCAAUGGUCACCCCAUCACCUAUAAUCAUUACCUGACGGAAAACAUUCAGAAAGCGCAAAGCGAGAGGCAUAAUUCCAAAAUAUUCAAAGUUUUCAAGAGAUAUGCGGAUCCAAACUCGACGAUUAGCCGAGAUUUGGUGCCAGCACAGCUUUACUCUGCUGUAAAAAAGGCAACGGAGCCCAACAUGGAAAACUACGCUGCGAUGCUUGCUAUUGACACUAUGGAAGCGUAUUACAAGGUAGCAUUGAAGAAGUUCGUGGAUGACGUUAGCGUUCUUGCCAUUGAACAAUGCCUGGUCCAGAAACUUCCCUCAAUCUUUUCGUCCGAUUUUAUUUGUGAUCUUACAGACGAACAAGUUGGGAGGCUGGCAGGUGAGAGCGCCGACCUGUCCAUCGAACGAAGCCGUAUGACCGAGAAGCGGAAACUAUUGCAGGAGGGCUUGGCCCAGCUGGGGAGCCUUAAUAAUACAGCCAUCGCUCCCCUUUGA